AUGGACCAGAAAAAUGACAGUUCUUUCACUGGAUUUAUCCUACUGGGUUUCUCUGACAAGCCUCAACUGGAGCUAAUCCUCUUUGUGGUUCUUUUGAUCUUCUAUGUUUUCACAUUGCUGGGGAACACAACCAUCAUUGUAUUGUCUCGCCUGAAUCCACAUCUUCACACCCCUAUGUACUUUUUCCUCUCCAUCCUAAGCUUUCUGGACCUGUGUUACACUACCAGCAUUGUUCCACAGCUCCUGGUUAAUCUCGGGGGAGCAGACAAAUCCAUCUCUUACGGUGGUUGUGUAGUUCAGCUGUACAUCUCUCUAGGCUUGGGAUCUACAGAAUGUGUUCUCCUAGGAGUUAUGGCAUUUGACCUCUAUGCAGCUGUUUGCAGGCCCCUCCACUACACAGUAAUCAUGCACCCCCGUCUCUGUGCCCUGAUGGCUUCUGCUUCAUGGCUCAUUGGUUUUGCCCACUCCUUAUUGCAGACAGUGCUCAUUUUCCUUUUACCGCUUUGUGGAAGAAAUAAAUUAGACCACUUUCUUUGUGAGGUCCCUCCAUUGCUCAAGCUUGCCUGUGUUGACACCACUAGGAAUGAAUCUGAGCUCUUCUUUGUUGGUGUCCUCAUUCUUCUUAUCCCUGUCACAUUAAUCAUGUUCUCCUACAGUCGGAUUGUCAGGGCAGUCUUAAGAAUGAAGUCGGCGGCAGGGCAGAGAAAAGCAUUUGAGACAUGUGGAUCCCACCUCACAGUGGUCUCCCUGUUCUAUGGCACUGCCAUCUAUGUUUAUCUCCAGCCCAGCAGUAACUACUCCCAGGAUCAGGGCAAAUUCGUAUCUCUCUUCUACACCAUCAUUACACCCAUGAUCAACCCCCUUAUAUAUACACUGCGGAACAAGGAUGUGAAAGAAGCAAUUAAGAAAGUGCUUUGGAAAGAUCAUGGCUCCAGAUGA